UUCAUUUCGCGGAUAAGGUAUUUAUAUUUGAGUGCAAACAUAAGAAUGGGAAAAGAUAUUUCUUUCAGACACAGUAAUCACAUAAAUGUGAAAACAGCAACAUGAGUAAAAGACAUUUCUUUUAAGAAUACUAAUUAUUUUGCACUGGAAAUAAAUAACAACUUCGUGAAAGAAGAAUUUCCAUGUCUUGACUUUCAUAGAGAGGAUAGUACUUCCAAAUUGAAAUGAUCUCUAUUGCUGGAAAUAUCCUUUAAAUAAUUAAUUUACAAAACAUGAAUAGAAAUUACUGUAUUUUAACGUGUAUAAGGAACCCCCUAAUUUUGGGAGUUUAAAAUUUGGAAAAAAAAUGGUUUUGUAAGGGAUUAUAAUACUAUCUAUGUGUAAGGAACUCCCAUAUUUUCUGAACCUAAUUUUUGACAAAUAAAGGGGGCGGAGGUAAAGAAACGUACACCACCCAUUUUCGGCGUAACAAAAACCCUAAACACCGUAUUCUUUGUACGUAUUCUUUACUUUCACCAAAAAAGGUUUCCAUAUACACGUUAAAAUACGGUAAUUGAAUGGUGUAUUAACAUAUCUGUAGCGAGACACGAAGAGAUCUCUUUUGUUGCUGUGGCUUAGUUUAGUUGUGCUUCGGCAGACUCCAGUCAUUCAAAGCUGGAGGCGUAAUAAUACAAGUAGUAAUUUCCGCUUAGUAACAUUGCGUUCGUUUUUUUUUUUGAAUGGUCGGCAAUCAUGGAUUUGACGGCUUUCAGGAAUCGUUGAUUUGUUUAACAUGUCAUAUUUUGUGUCACCACCAAUUACUCGCAACUCAUUUGAUGAACAUCAACUUCCACUCUACUUCAUAUAAACCUCAGUGCAUAUAAAUAUCAGAUGACAUUGGCAUUAAAGCUAUAGCAUCAAUAUAUAUUGACAUUUACUGACAAAAGGAAGAUUUUAUACAGAAGAACUACAACUCCAUUGCAAUAAAUUUACUGAGAGUUAGUUCUUCGGAGUGAGACAUUGCUAAUCGUUGCCUACAAGGUGCAUGAAAUGAUUUUAUAUUCCAUCUAAAUUUGAACAGAUUUUUUAAUGAAUUUGCUACUGUUUUCUGAUACCAACUGAGAUAACAAUUGAUGGAACUAUUGCAGUAGAAGGAUUUUCAUCAGUGCAGUAAUAAAUAGCGAAAACAAUAUCAAUAUAAUUGGUUGUGUAAAAAGAAAUAUUAAAGAAGAAUGGAUUUUCCUGAACAACUACCAAAGGAGGUGAGAAAAGCAUCAUACCCCUGUGAUAUCUGUCAAAAGUCAUUUUCUCUAAAAAGUAGUCUUAUUAAUCAUAAAAUUGUUCACAGAGGAGAGAAACCGUUUCAAUGUGAUACCUGUGAUAAAUCAUUCUCUCGAUUACAAACCUUAAUUAAUCAUAAACACAUACAUACAGGAGAAAGGCCAUAUGGAUGUGAUAUCUGUAGCAAAUCAUUCACUCUAAAAAGUCACUUAGAAGAUCAUAAACAUACUCAUACUGGUGAAAAACCAUAUCAGUGUGACAUCUGUGGUAAAUCAUUCACUGCAAAACGCACAUUAACAGCACAUAGUCGUAUACAUACAGGAGAGAAAGCGCAUAACUGUGAUAUCUGUGAUAAGUCAUUCACUCAAAAAAGUGACUUAGAAGAUCAUAAACGUACUCAUACUGGUGAAGAACCAUAUCAGUGUGAUAUCUGUGAUAAAUCAUUCUCUCGAAUACAAGCCUUAGUUACUCACAAACACAUCCAUAAAAGAGAAAAAUCAUCUAAAACCUAUGGUAAAUCAUUGACUGUAAGAAGUCUUUUGGAAGAUCAUAAACAUAUUCCUACAGGUGAAAAACCAUAUCAGUGUGAUAUCUGUGGUGAAUCAUUCUCUGCCAAACGCACAUUAACUGGACAUAGGCGUAAACAUACAGGAGAGAAAGCGCAUAAGUGUGAUAUUUGUGGUAAAUCAUUCUCCCGUACAGAUCAUUUAAUUACUCACAAACGCAUCCAUACAGGAGAAAGGCCAUAUGGAUGUGAUAUCUGUGGUAAAUCAUUCUCUCUAAGAAGUCACUUAGACAGUCACAAGCGUACUCAUACAGGUGAAAAACCAUAUCAUUGUGGUAUCUGUGAUAAAUCAUUCUCUUGGACUGAUGGCCUAACUCGACACAUACGUAGUCACACGGGUGAGAAACCAUAUCAGUGUAAUAUUUGUGGUGAAUCCUUCUCAGACAGAGGUAAUUUAGCUAAACACAAGUUAAUUCAUACAGGAGAGAAGUCAUAUCGCUGUGAUAUCUGUGGUAAAUCAUUCUUUCAAAAAGUACAUUUAUAUUCUCACAUACGUAUGCACACUGGAGAGAAGCCAUUUCACUGUGAUAUCUGUGGUAAAUCAUUCUCUUAUGGAACAGGAUUAACUGUUCACAAACGUAUUCACACAGGAGAAAAGCCAUACAACUGUGAUACCUGUGGUAAAUCAUUUUCUCGAAGAUCUGGCCUAAUUAGCCAUGUAUAUAUUCAUAUAGGUGAGAAGCCAUAUCACUGUGAUAUCUGUGGAAAAUCAUUCUCUCUUAGUACUGUCUUAAUUAGACACAAGCGUAUUCAUACAGAAGAGAAGUCAUAUCACUGUGAAACUUGUGGUAAAUCGUUUUUGCGAAAAGCACAUUUAUAUUCUCACAUACGUAUUCAUACUGGAGAGAAACCAUAUCACUGUGAUAUCUGUGGUAAGUCAUUCUCUUAUGGAAGAGGAUUAACAGUUCACAAACGUAUUCACACAGGAGAGCCAUAGAAGUAUGGUAAAUUGUUGUCUCAAGGAUCUGGCCUGAUUAACCACGUACCUAUUCAUACAGGUGAAAAGCCAUAUCAUUGUGAUAGAUCAUUCUCUCAAACAGGAGAGAUGCCCUAUCAGUGUGGUAUUUGCAGUAAAUAUUUCUGUGAAAAUAGUGAUGUAACUAAGCACAAUUGCAUUCAUACAACAGAAUAUACCAUUGUAAUGUACGUGUUUAUUCUAAAGAAAAAGCAUAUCACAGUGAUAUUUGGAGAGAAAUUCUUUGUAACAAAUGACUCAUCUAUGUAUAAAGAUACAUUUUGUGAAGUGGGUGAUAAAUGAACAAACAGCAGCAGUUUUGGUUCUACAAUAAAAUACAUCCAAUACAAUGAAAUUGAUGAUAUGUCAGGCAGUCAUGAAAACUAUCCACCAAAAGUGGAAAAUAGAAGUGAAAUGUUUUUCCUGACUCAUGAAAGACUUGGAAUGAGCUUUCCUUUUUGUUAUGGUAGCAAUAAUUAAUUCAUUAAAUAUACUGCAUUGGUUAUUGAUUGAUUAGCUGUUAUUAAAAUGACUUGUGUUUUAACAGGGUCAAA